AUGUCUCACGCACGUUAUUCAAGCGAUAUUUGGUGGGCAAGGAAUUUAGAUAGAUUUGACGAACUUGUACACAAGUAUCCAAAAUUACCAACAAACCCGGUAGAAGAGAGCAGUUUACCUUUGAAAAUUGGCUCGAAAAUCACGAUAAAAAAUUAUAACACUUUCCUUGAGAACCACGGGUCAGCUGGAUACAAAUUCUGGUUCGACAAGAAAACUAGCGAUGUGUUUAUAAUUGGUAUGGCCUCAACCAUACAUGAGGCUGUUGUCUCCCUGCUCCAAGAUUAUUUUAAGAUUCCUAAUAAUGGAGUUGUUGUCAAUCCUCCCAUAAGAGUCUAUGGACAACCUCUUCACUAUGAGCCUGGUGGAACAGGGCUUAAAAUAGUUCCUGAUGUUGCUGUAUACCCAAAUAUAGCCUUUGUUCUAAGACCUUCCGCUUCCCCUGUGAUACCUGUUCCUCCCAGUGAUUUAUGUAUGUUGAGAUGGAUGAAAGAAAAAUAUGUUCGUGCUGUCAUUAGUAUCAAAAUUUUAGAAGAAAGACCAAUGAUUCGAGAACCUGUAACUGGGUAUUUUUAUAAAACAAUGACGGCAAAACUUUACCAUCAAGGAAUGGACACACAACGAUGGGAUUUUGGGAAUGCUAAAAAAUAUUCAAGAGAUCCUGUCAAUAAUCCUGCUGAUUGCAAUGCGCCAAACUUGCCGGCUUUUCAGAUCACAAUUCCUAUAAGUGAAGUAUUUUGGGAUCCGCCGUUGUUUCCUAUCCCACUUGCAUAUGCUCCAGUAGUCCCAGCAACCAUAGUUGGUAAUAAUUUUGUUAUCGACUUGUACCAGAUCCAGCGAAUUGUUUUAGAAGCUAGCAUCUGA